AACGUCAAUGACAAAAACAAAAAAGCAAGGAAUCAAACUUAUGCCUGUACAUGUAAACCUGAUGCCAGUGAGGCAGAUGUUUCGGUCCCUGCGUUCUGGUGCCGUGAUAUUCUGGCACCAUGUUCUUCCAAACCUCUCCAAACUCUCCUCCCAUUUCCUCCAUUGGUUGCCUCUUUCUCACGCUCACAUCCAGCUCAUAUAAACCUGGGGCCUCACACCUUCAGCUGGGUCAAAUUUCUCCUGCAGGUCACUGCGUCCUCUUCGUGAAAAGAGGUUUCAUCUGGACCGUGGCGCAUCGCUGACGUUUCAUCCCUGGAAUACUUUUUAAGGCUGAGCUUUUUAAGAAUCUUGGACCAUGUGAAAUAAAUCGAGUCUUUGUUGAUUUAAGCUUGUAAAUGAAUUUAGGAGAGUCCUCGACUAAGUUUCGAAUGAGUUCUGCUCGCUGGUGAUCCCCGAGCAGAGACGGUUUAGGGGGGGAGGCGAACGAGCGCAUUUUCUUCCCGGCACAGCAUGAACCUCAUCGGGGGCUACCAGCAUCACCACCACCACCACCUGAUGCACGAACCUUUCCCGUUCGUCCAGCGGUGCCACCAGGACGCGCCGUACUUCCAGAGCUGGGUGGUGAACCACGGGGAGGUGCCCGCGGACUUCCAGAUCCAGGCGCCCUUCACGCCGUCCGCGGAGCUGGGCGCGCAUGGAGCUGCGCACGACGGCCGGCUCGAGGGGCUCCAGCCGGGGAUGGGGAAGAGGAGAGCGUCCGGGCCGAAGAAGGAGCGCCGCAGAACGGAGAGCAUCAACACGGCUUUCGCGGAGCUCCGGGAGUGUAUUCCCAACGUUCCCGCAGACACCAAACUGUCCAAAAUCAAAACUCUGCGUCUGGCGACCAGUUACAUCGCGUAUCUGAUGGACGUGCUGGCCAAAGACUCCGGCGAGACGGAGGGCUUUAAGGCCGAGAUUAAGAAAUUUGAAACGCGGGAUUUGAAAAGGAAACGAGAGCUGACCGACGGCCUGCAGGAGACUUUUGGAGGCGAAAAGAAGGUGAAGGGCCGGACCGGGUGGCCGCAGCAGGUCUGGGCCCUGGAGCUCAACCAGUGACCUCCUCAGAAAAGACACACAUACACACACACACCCACACACACACACACACACACCGACUUAGGCCGAACACACCGCUGUGCAUGCGCAGUGAUGCGCUAAAAGGGAGAAAAUCAAAGGGCAACGCGGAUAGAAGGAGCUGCAGAUGCGCUGCUCAUUACUGUGUACCCCACUAUAAUAACAACAACAACAACAAUAAUAAUAAUAAUAAUAAUAAUAAUAAUAAUAAUAAUAAUAAUAAUAAUAAGGUAGAGAUAUUUGUGGUAUUUUUGCUUUUUAAUUGUUUCUCUUUAGGUCUUCACUUCAAAGCAGAUGUUGGCAGAAACAUCUGUCCGUGUUCUCUGGCCUUCCCUGGUUUUUGUCCCUCAGAGCAAAGAGUGCGCAAAGCUUUCUUUUUUUUAAUGUCUGUUGAUUAUUGCAAUAAUAACAAGGUAAGAAAUGCGGUACAUUUGAGACUUUUUUUUUUUCAUUGAUUCGUAAUCUUUACCGUUGAAAAAUGUUUAACCAAUCACAAACCGUUUUCAUCGUUUAAGAGACUUAUAACGUUUUACUGUCGCUUUUCUUUACUCGCACCUGUAAAUUACACAAGCAGAAAGCGGCUUCGCAGCGACUUCUCACUGUUCAGGAUUAUUUAAUUUCUAAUUUAACCUGGACUUAAUUUAAGUACCGAGUUCCGUUUUGACUUGACGGCACUAAAAGGACAUCAUGUUCUAGCUUUAUGCUGACUCUGAAUCCGCGGUCAUAACCAAGCGGUGGAAACUCUGCAGACUCUUGUUGUUGUUGUUGAAUGAAUUGAAUCUACCUCAGUACUUUAAAUGUCACUGUAGAGGAGAAAAACCAACCGAGAGUGAGACACUGACAUGAACGCAGCUUUUCACUCCCGACAUGUAAAAACGGUCAAUGUAAAAAAAAAAAAAAAAAAAAAAAAAAAAACGUGGAAUAAAAUGUUUAUUAUUGUGCGCAAUGUUAAUGGAAAUGUGUGUUAGAUGUGAAGGUAUAUUUGUUUCCAUAAAUAAAUGGAUUAUUUCAUGACAGUAUA